AGCGUCCACGGAUCACCGAGGAUAAGAACCAGACUAGAAGCAGAGCAGCCAUCUAAAGACUGCUCCGCUCCCCCUCUCUUCUUCACAUCCAAGUACCCAUCCAUGGCGCAACUCCUCCGUCUCUCCUCUGCUUCUCCUCGCUUCUACUCCUAUGUCGCAGCAUUGCCAGGCAAUGGCGUUUCCCGCUUGGUCACGACGUCAGCACGUUCUGCUGUCCGUGGCAUGAGCAGGAGGAGCGUGAGGUUGAAUUCCGUCAAGAGCGUUAGGUGCGAGCAGGGAUCCAAGAGCGGCAGCGGUCCCGGGUUGGACGUGUGGCUCAGCCGCGGCGCCAUGCUCGGCUUCGUGGGGGCGGUCGGGGUGGAGCUAACCACCGGCAAAGGGGUGCUUCAGAACGUGGGGCUGAUGGCGCCGUUGCCGGUGGUGGCACUGGCACUCACCGGAGUUGUCGGGGUGGUCACCGCGUUUCUCAUAUUGCAGUCUGGCUCUUCAGAUUGAUCGAUGACUCAAUGUGGUGAUAAUCUUCACACAAACAUAUGUGUCUUGCUACCAGAAGGCUUCUAUCAAUCAAUCAAUCAUUCACUCUCGUUGUGUAGGCGAAUUAA